AUGCCUCUACGCGCAAAGGUUACCAACCCUGCCUUCAUGGCAACAGCUUCGAUGUCGACGAAUAUUCCCAAAGAACUCCCCACAGAUGAACCCGAUGAUGUUCUGUUCAAUUCGAUUUACGGCAUCCGCAGCGUCGAGCUCAACCGCCCCAAGAAGCUCAAUUCCCUGAACGGCUCCAUGGCACGGAAGAUCUUCCCCCGAUUGAAGGAAUGGGAGAAGUCGAACCUUGCGAACAUGAUUCUCAUUUCUGGAGCUGGCGAGAAGGCCCUCUGUGCAGGCGGCGACGUUGCCGCUCUAGCUAAGCAGAACGCAGAGGGACUGGAGGGACAACAUGCCUCGACAAGUUUCUUCGGACUCGAAUAUUGCCUCGACCACAUGAUUGCUACAUACUCGAAGCCCGUUAUCUCUUUUAUGGAUGGAAUCACCAUGGGUGGUGGUGUCGGCCUCAGCAUGCACGCUCCUUUCCGUAUUGCGACUGAGCGUACCGUCUUUGCCAUGCCUGAGACAACUAUCGGUUUCUUCCCUGACGUUGGUGGCUCGUUCUUCUUGCCACGCCUCGAUGGUGAGACCGGAACCUAUCUGGCCCUGACCUCGGAGCGCCUGAAGGGUGUACAGGCUCUGUACGCCGGAAUUGCUACUCACUACCUGCACUCGAGUGUUCUCGCCAAUGUGACCCAGCGUCUCUCUGAGCUGACCUUCCCCGACCACGUCGAGCUCCCCGAACGCCUGCAUACCGUGAACAAGACCAUGGCAGAGUUUUCCCUUGGACUUCCUCCUCUUGAGGAGGAGCCUAUGCUCAUGGCUGGUAGCCUGCGCACUGCCAUUGACCGCUGCUUCGCCUUCAACUCCGUCGAGGAAAUCUUCCAGGCUUUGGAGCAGGAGACUGGGCACAAGGAGUGGGCUCAGAAGACAUUGGAGACCCUCUCGAGCCGCUCACCCACUUCCCUGAAAGUUACACUUCGCCAGCUGCGCCUCGGCAAGAAGUGGAGCAUCUCAGAGACCUUCCAGCGUGAACACGCGAUCUCUGCCCACUUCAUGCGUCACCCUGACUUUGUCGAGGGUGUCAACGCCCGUCUUGUGUCAAAGCCUCCCCGCCAGGCUGAGUGGCAACCUGCUACUCUUAAGGAGGUCACGGACGAGGCCGUGGAAGAGUUCUUCAAGAUCCCCGAGGGUGAGGAGCGCCUAUCCCUCUUCAGCACCGGUGACUACAAGAGCUACCCCCAUGCUCACUUCGCCCUUCCCUCCGAGAAGGAGAUUGAGGCUGUUGUGCGUCAAGGACAUGCAUCACGGAGACCUGUGGUGGACCACUUCCUCGAGAAGUACGCUCACCGUGAGGGUGUCCGCCGAAAGGUCGUCGAGGUGAUUGCCCGGAAGACGUCAAAGACUGCCGAGGGAGGACUCAAGUGGAACUAA